GCUUCUCCUCCCCCUAUGCCCCCUCCCGCCACCCAUCUCCCCGUCCCCCUCCGCCGCCUCACCCGCGGACCCUCCCUCGCCGCCACCGCCGCCCGCCGCUCCCACUCGUCCCCCUACGUCUCCUCAUCGUCCGACGACGAGUCACCGCUCGCCCCCGAGCUCUUCCCGGCCGCCGGCGCGCCCACCCUCCUCUCCGUCGCGCGCUCCCUCGCUGUCGCGUCCCCUCCCCCGUCCGCCGCCGCCGUCCUCGGCUUCCUCGGCCGCCUCCCCCACGACGCCUCCCCACACAUCUUCCCCCACCUUGUCGCCGCCCUCGCCCGCUCGCCCCGCCCGAUCCUCGCUCUGCGCCUCUUCCUCUCCCCGCCUAGCCCCGCCGCCACCACCCACCACUCCUUCAAUUCAGCGCUCGUCCGGUUCCCCCUCCCGCCUCACCUCCUCCCGGCCUUCUUCUCCCACUCCCUCCGCCGCUUCCCCGGACUCACCCCCACUCUGCUCUCCUUCAACCUCCUCCUCAAGUGCAUCUCUUCCUCUCUGGUCCCAAGAAACCCCGGCCUCUAUCUUGCAACCGCGCUGCGAAUCCUCCACGAUGUCAUUCCAGCGUGGAACCUUGCGCUGGAUAAGUUCACCUACUCGACCGUCGUGUCGGCUCUGGCCGAUGCAGGGCAGGUGGAGGAUGCGGUGGCGCUGGUGCACGAGAUGGUGGUCGAUGGGGUGGUGUCUGCUGAGGCUUUUAACCCCGUGCUGAGAGCAAUGCUGCGUGCAGGGGAUGUCAGUGGGGCAGCCAAAUUGUUUCGGUUUAUGCAGCUAAAGGGUUGCACACUGACAGCAGCGACAUACAAUGUGCUGCUGCAUGGUUUGUUGUUGUGCAAUAAGGUGAGGGCAGCGAUGGGCAUCAUGAGAAGAAUGGAGGGUGAGGGAAUUGCGCCAGGGUUAAUGACAUAUGGUGCAGUGGUGGAUGGGUUGGUGAAAUGUGGAAGAGCUGAGGAUGCAUGGAGAGUAGCUGAGGAAAUGAGGAAUAAGGGGCUUGCACCUAGUGAAUUUGUGUUCUCGGCUGUGAUCACUGGGUUUUGCAGGUCAGGGGAGGUUGACAGGGCACUGAGGGUGUGGGAGACAAUGGUGGCAGCUACGGUAAGGCCGAACGUUGUUCUUUAUUCAGCAAUGAUUGAUGGCCUUGCCAGGUGUGGGAGGAUGACAGAAGCUGAAAUGUUAUUUGAAGAGAUGGUUGAUGCAAAAUGUAUACCAAAUGUCAUGACAUAUAGCUCAAUGAUUCGAGGUUAUUUCCAGAUUGGAGAUUCAUCGCGAGCUCUCUCUACCUGGGAGGAGAUGAUAAGGGCUGGCUGUGUGCCAAAUGCCAUUAGUUACAGCAUAUUGAUCAGUGGGAUGUGUAAUGUUGGGAGAUUAAAAGACGCUAUGAUGGUCUGGAAACACAUGCUUGGCCGUGGCUGUGCACCUGAUACAAUAGCUUAUACUUCGAUGAUCAAGGGGUUAUGCAUGUCUGGAAUGAUUGAUGGUGGUCUCCGUCUAUUUAAUGACAUGCUGGCGAAGGGUGAUGCCAAACCAGAUGCCAUCAGUUAUAAUGUUAUGUUGGAUGGGCUGAUUCGCACAAAUAACCUUCCUCGGGCAAUGGACUUGCUUAAUAAGAUGCUUGAUCAAAGGUGUGAUCCAGAUGCAGUAACAUGCAACAUUUUCUUGCGGGAGAUUGAGGAUGCAGAGGGGAAAGGGAGACAAUUCUUAGAGGGACUGGUCAUGAGGCUAUGCAACAGAGAAAGGUAUUGGGCAGCUGGAGAUGUUUUGAUGGUGAUGCUAGCUAAGUAUAUUGUGCCAGAGGCUGCCAUUUGGUAUACUAUUGUGAGAGGAGUUUGUCAGUCUAAGAGAGUUCGGAAAGUGGUUGACAAUUGCUGGGAUGAGAUUUGGAGGCCUUAAAGAGUAUUUAUAUUUGUUUAUACACCAAUUGGGCACAUGCUUUGGAGCUCACAUGCUGGAGCUUUUAUACUCCAGUUGUUUUGAUGAUGCUAAAACAAAAAGUAGAGGAAGUGUUUCCAAGCUUGCCUUGCCAUUCAUCACAUGUUUUAGAUUCUACUUCCUACUUCGAUGUUAAAUCCUUCAGGUACCUACUUGAUUUUCUCUAUCAAUAAUAUAUAACUUUUGCAAUGGCGCAUUAGACUUGUUUUAGUGUUAGGAGCAUUGUGAUUAAUGUGAUAAUUCGAGCGGAGCAUCGGCCAAGUCUACACCCAGCACAGGCUAUUUGCCCCCUAUCUCUCUGGUGGUGGUCAACGCCCAAUAAUUCUCUUCCAAUCCACGCACAGACUUUUGCCGUUGCGCUGUGAUCAUUGAUCAAUGCCUGGACACCUAGCUGCAUAACACAUCUACCAACUGGUACGUGCACGAACAAGCUUUUAGGAGAGUACUGUACAUGCAAGCAAAAAACUCUGGAACACAUAUGUACUCUGCUACACCUAUAGACACGUAUAUGCAUGCAACUAACACAUGUGAUGCGUGCACUGACUCUUGCAGCUACUCAGUUAUGGCUACAGGAGCCCGGGGACGUGCCCAGGGUUGCCGGGCCCUGGGUCCGCCCCUGCUGCCUAAGAACACAUGCUGUAAAUGGUAAUAAAUUUUAGAGUAUCAGAAAUUAUAUGUAAACUUGGCUGAAAAAAAUAGUAGCUAUGGUUUUAGAUGGUCAAGUAGACCAAUUAGAUCCUUAAGUUAUAGAAGUCCAGAUGUACUUUCUCAUGGCUGUAUGCAUAUUCUGUGUUGUGAAGAAAGCUAACAAUAAUAAAUAACUUAUUUGUAUCAUCUCACUUUUUCAAUUGUUUCUGAAACCAAAUAUGAUCCUGUCACUUCAUGAAUAGAUUUUGCGGUUCACUCCUGAUAACAACAUUCAUGUUAAGUUAUUCAACUUAUACUAAUCUUUUUACAUUGUUUGUAAAGGAAAUUGCCUUACAUACCACACACCACAACAUAUAUUAGAUGCUAUUGGGAUGACUAUGCAAAGCUUUUACUAGGCAUCGUGGAUAAUUAUCACAACAGAAGAAAUAAGAAAUCUAUUAAAAUAUAUCUGAUCGAUGAUAGAGAUGUAUGGGUCGUAGUAGUUGGUUAUUGUAAUAUAUCAGGUCUGAGAUGCUCCAGCUCUCAUCAGAAUACUUAUUAUGUUUUGAUUUCGAGUUGACCAUCAAAUUUUGUAUUUCUUGCUUCCUUUUUUCUUGCUAUUCCUUGUCGACUUGUAUAGGUAAUGUUGUUUGGGUUAAUUUACGGCAUGCAAGAUACCUAGGCUUCAUGGAUAGUUACUACAACAGAAAAGCGCCAUUAGACAUAUAUUGUGGAUGACAUAGAUGUAUGAAAUUAUUAAUAGUAGCUUAGUUAUUGUAUUAUAUCACUUCAGAUCUUUCCGUUUCUGUAAAUACUUAAUGUUCUGAUUUUGAAUUGAAUGAAAGUAUUUAUACUUCUUGUUCUUGCGAUUCUUCACUGAUUUUGCUAGUAGAUGCAUGGAGAAGCAUCGAGGUUAAGAGGUAGCUUUGUAUGCGAUCCUAACCAGAAGUUCUAUUAUAUGUUUAACGUUAUCCUCUGAGCACCCUUGUUUUCUCUUUCAAGUUUCAAGCCUUUGAAUAGGUAGAUUCCAGUUUUGCACUGUGUAGAUGUACUUCAGUUUAUACUUCAGCCCUUUUCCUCGUUGAUUGAUUCUAUAGUUCAGUCUGUCAAGUAUGACAUGAUAUUAUAUAUAAAUUGUCAAGUAUCAGUUUCCUUUAUUUUUUUAUGUAUGCAGUGGUUCUUUUCCAAAACGAAUUACUGGUGGAUAAUGAGGCAUUCCACACAUUGUUCUAUCACCUCUUUGAAGCAUUUUAUCGCAUACUUUCUCAUGACAAUCAACUUACAGCCCGAGAGUAAUAUUGUUGAAGUAUAUUAUCGCAUACUUGGAUAUGAUACUUGUCUGGGUUGACUGACGUACAAGCCUGUGUAAUAUGGUUUAUGUGCAACCAUGUGCUGUGGAAGGCACCGUUUACUAGAUGCAUAUACUACUGACAACAAUCUGGUGCAUGAUCAUGUUAUGGCCCCUGUUCACAGGUACUCCCUCCAUCCUAAAAAACAAGCCAUUCUAAAAAUUCUAUGAUAAAUUAACAAGGUAAAAUGAUUAUAUUUGUCCCAAUUUAUUAUUCAUAUUUGGCACUAAUUGAUUCUUGUAUGCACAUGCACUUUCUAAAUAGAAUAGGAUGACUUGUUUUUUGGGACAAAUUUUGAAUCUUAGAGUGAAUUGUUUUUUUUUGGGACGGAGGGAGUACGCAUCCGCCCAUUAUCAGGUUGAUGAUGAUUAAAACCUGCCCCUGUUUGCUGCCGCCUCCAAGCUCCCCACAAAACAUUGGACGCGUGUCGAACAGUGCUCGGCCCGGCGGUUUUGCAAAAAGACCCUUCCACUUUAUUGAAAUCAGUCAAUAGUCCAACUCAUCCUAUCGGUACAGUAAAAACGUUAUAUUAUUUUGCGUAUAGAUCCUUGCUGUAAAUUUUAUUUCAACGGGAAGAAGAGAAAAUCGAGAACUCUUGUCGUUUUUACAAAAAACCGCCCGCACGACGUUUUUUGGAAACCCCCCUCCCAAUCGAAACCCUACCAUCUCUCUCUUUCUUCCCUCUCCUCUUCCUGCCGCCGCCGCCGCUCUCCCUGCUCGCCCGCGCCUGCGCCUGCGCCUUCCCUCCCCGUCUUGCUCUUCGCCUCGCUCAGCUCAGCUUGCACCCUAAUUUCUGAACUGAGUACUUGAUUAGUUUGUUUUUUCCUCACGGGGGUAUUCUGAUCUGCCAGCCUGAUGAUUAGCAUUGUUUGCACAAGAAUGGAGAUUUGAUCCACCACCCGUCCGGCUACACCACGCCGCCCCCGCACACGUCCUCGACGCGACUGACGCGGGCGACGCUUGAGCGUGAGCACCGCCGCACCCAUGCCCAGUGCAACCUCGUCCUCGAUGACGACGGCACGACGCUAGGCCCCUCGCCGCGCUCCGCGUCCCUCCGAGCAGACGUGAGGCUGGACAUUGAUAUGCCAAAUGCUCAUGACAGCACUUUGCCACUUCAAAAAGCUUAACCCAUUAAUUUGUCACCAGCUCUUGACUAUGCUCCUUUUUCAUGAGAUACAGGAGGGAAGGGCCCUACCAAGUUUACUCUGCUGCUCAUAUAUUGGUGGUUUCUAUGCAACCAUAGGUUUUUAUUUUUGGCAUUUGUGUUCAAUCCUAUGUUAGUCAAGCACUUGAACCUUUAAACCUUUGUUGACCAAACAUUUCUUUGGAUUUGCAUCUUAUGUGGCUGCAUUUCUUGAAGUUCUACCAAAUUGGUUGACCGCUGAUAUCUUGGAGCAACUUCGUCUGAGUAAACAAGCAUUGGUAUAAAACUGAUUGUUGUAGGUACAGCUUUAUUUAUCAUUGUGACUUUUCAUCCUUAGCUGGAAACUUAAUCUGUCAAACAAUGAAAUGUCAUUGGAAAAGCUUAUUUCCUAUUUAAACACUAAUGAGGCAGGACUACCUACAAUAUGACAAUUUUUCCAUGAUCUUCUAUAUCCAUGCAGUCUAACAACUUCAGUUUUGAAACCAAUGAUAGCUCUUUAGCUUACAGACAAUUGAUUUAAACUCGCACCCGAGAUAUAUGUUAACAUGUGCUUUUGCUAAUUAAACACAGCUGCAACCUUCUCCAUGCUUCGCACACGCUGUACAUAUUUCGCAAAGUUAUGGUGUGGGUUUUCAUCAAAUACUUAGAUAUGUUGUACUGAUUUUGUUAAUUUAGUACAUUGAAGUCUAUACUAUGCUGAUAUUCAAACCAUAUUGCAGGAAGGACACUGUACAAACACACACUGUGGGAUUGCUACAUUAAUUUUAUAAGACUUUAAUGUACUUCCUGCAAUAUGAUUGCUUCAAACUACAGAAAAGACUUUGCUACAUUAAUUUUAUAAGACUUUAAUGUACUUCCUGCAAUAUGAUUGCUUCAAACUACAGAAAAGACUUAGAAGUUUAUGACAUAUAAACACAUACUGUGGGAUUGCUUCAUUAAUUUUUAUGCUCAGUUCAGUUCAACAUAUGCAACAUAUGUUGCAGCAUUCUAUGUAUGCAUUUAUCUACAUCAGGUUCCUAGAGGCUCAUAUUUUUACACCACCUAUAACAUGAUUUUUAUUGCACAGACUUGAACUUUUAGAGUGCUUUAAAAUCAAUUCCAGGACUUAUCCAUGUUUAGUAGCUCAAAUUUACAAUACCUUCUCCUUACAGCUCCCCUUCUCCCUCAGCUUUGACUGAAAGGCAAGCUGGGAACAGGGUCAUGAUGCAUUUUGCUUAGGUUUCUGUAGAUUACUUAUCACAGUUUACACUGGAUUAAAUGCUAAUAAUAUCCCAGAUCCCAUUAACUAAAGCAGCCUUUUUUCUUAUGCUUUGUUCUUUCUUUCUUCAUGUUUUGAAUAAUUGGAAUAGUAAUUUUGAAUAUGAGUUAUCAGAAGGGAUGAUAAACGCCCUAUGAUUUUAGUGCCUCCAGGAAAAAAUAAACUAUAUCAAAUAUUGAUGCAUAUAGCUCCACUCCAAAUAUGGUACUGAUUUUAUUAUAAGAAUUGGAUAUGCACAUUUAUAUGCUAAUAUUAGCUAUGCAGUCCGCACAUGCGAUUCUACAAGGAUUAUAAGUAUUGGAUAUGCACAUUUAUAAAAUGGCUAAAGGAUUAAGGACUUCCCAUCUAUGUUACACGGAUACUGGUACGGCUAUCGGAUACGAUACGUAUCGGAUACGCGGAUACGCACUUUCCCAAAAAACACUGAUACGGGGAUACGGCUAGGAUAAUUAAUAAUUAUAUAUAAAUAUCACAUAGAUAUUCAGCAAGUGAGAUUUUACUCUUGAGUAACUUCCCCUAUACUCAGAUGUGCAAUACUUGCAUGCCCAUAUAACAUUACCUUUAUAACUAGCAUUCUCUAAAAGCACAACUGAUUCCACAAGGGGUUCUUCCGUUGCUGUGCAUUUAGUUCUACAGUUCUAUUGCAGUAAGUUCAUCAUUUUGUAUCAUCUCUUACUACCAAAACAGCAUUUGGGUGGGCUGAUUAUUGCUUUGGGCUGUAUCCCAUCUGGCCCAAAAGUAUCGGAUACGCGUAUCCAAGCAAAUACGUAUCCGUUUUUUCAGGAUACGGCUAGAAACGUAUCCGAGGCGUAUCCGGGGCGUAUCCGUAUCCGAUACGUAUCGGAUACGGAUACGCCACCUCCUAGUAGUAUCCGUGUAACAGAGCUUCCCAUCAUGCUCUACAAGACUGCAGGGAAUCUUGUACUGUAAGUUACAUCUUCAGGAGACAUGCUAUCUCCCUUGCAGUUACAUCUUCAGGAAACAUGCUAGAUAUUAAAUUUUUAGGAUGCAUGUAAGUACUAGCCAUGCUAUAUUUAGGACAAAAACUAAGAUAGUGGAUCAUUUGCCUCUUGCUAUCUCCCUUACAGUUACUGCCAGCUUUUGUGCGUGCUCUCCGGUGAAGAGUCUGAUGCACUCUGUGCUUUUGUGUUUUUGUGCUUCGUCCAUUGACCUGCAAGGUGUGUAGCAUUAUUAUCAGUUGUUGAUCUUAGUGCAGCUAGGUAGUUUGGUAGCUAUGGAUAUUGGUUGUAACAUGUAGAUUCAUGGUGCUCGGAUGUAUUGCAAUGUCGUAAUGUUUUAAAUUUCGGACAGACACCUCUGAUCGAUAGGAUAGCCAUGGUGUUCGGAUGUAAUGCUGAACAGACACCUCUUGGAUGUGCUGUAACGUUGAUGAUCAGAAUGCAAUGUGCUGUAACGAUGAUGAUUUGGAUUUUCAUUUCCAGAAACUCUGUUCUUUUUUAUUCGUUUGCGUACUCAUGAUCACCUCUUAUUGAUAGGAUAGCCAUGGUGUUCGGAUGUAAUGUAAUAUUGAUUAUGAUAUAGAUGCUGAACAGACACCUCUUGGAUGUGCUGUAACGUUGAUGAUCAGAAUGCAAGACAGACAAUGUGCUGUAACGAUGAUGAUUUGGAUUUUCAUUUUCAGAAACUAUGUUCUUUUUUAUUCGUUUGCGUACUCAUGAUCACCUCUGAUUGAUAGGAUAGCCAUGGUGUUCGGAUGUAAUGUAAUAUUGAUUAUGAUCUAGAUGCUGAACAGACACCUCUUGGAUGUGCUUUAACAUUGAUGAUCAGAAUGCUAGACAGACAAUGUGCUGUAAUGAUGAUGAUUUGGAUGUUUCAUUUCCAGAA